AUGAGCGGCGUCACACUUCCCCCACCAACCCACCGCCAGCGCGCGCUCCCACAAGGCGAACUCGAAGCCGCCUCAACACUCAAGCUCGGCGCGGACCAGAAUACGCAUACUUUGUCCCUUUCGGAAGCCCGCCUGGUUAUUAACAAGGUGCUUGAGAAUAAGCGGCGGGGUGGGAAGAAAUAUGAGGAGCCUGAAAAUUUGACAAAAACACUCGACUACCUCGAGGUCUUUGCGCGUUUCAAGGAUGAAGAAAACAUCAAGGCUGUUGAACGGUUGUUAAAUUCGCAUACGGAGUUGGAGAUGUUCGAACGGUCCCAGCUAGGAAGUCUAUGCUGCGAUAAUGCAGAGGAAGCGAAGUCGCUUAUCCCCAGUCUACAGCACAAGAUCUCGGAUGGGGACUUGCAGGAGCUGCUGGAUGAGCUGACCAAGUUGAGAAACUUUACAGAGUAG